AUGGCGUCGACGCGCGUCGUCCGCGCGCGCGCGACGCGCGACGCGCGCGCGGCGGCGACGACGGCGACGAAGGCGGCGCGCGCGCUCGACGCCGCGCCGUCGCGCGCGGCGGCGCCGCGGCGCGCGCGCGCGGUGUCGUUCGACGCCGAGCUCGAACGAACCAUCGGCGUCGCCGACGCGCGCGUCGAUCGCGGCGACGUCUGGGAGCUCCCGCGCACGUGCGAUGGAUGCGGGCUGUACAUACUGCCGGGACGCGCGCGCUGGUCGUGCGUCGUGUGCGAGCUGAGGGGAGACGCGUUCGAUUUGUGCGCGGGGUGUCGCGACGGCGCGAGGGCGCGCGCGGCGGACGACGACGAAGACGGGAAGACGCCCGAAACGGGGGCGCGGAAACGGAAACGAACGGGGAAGGGGGAGAAAGAGACGUUCGCGGGGCACGGGCACGGGCUGGCGGCUUUUGAAUUGGUGGAGGGCGAUGAUGACGAGGGAUAG